CUGCAGUGUUUGUAUCAAUCUGCGAAGGCUGGCGAGUGUGAGGCGACGUGAUAGCAAAAGUCUUGCUAGCUAGCUACCGAAAGUCUUCCAUUUUUUCCGAGUCCUCUUUUUCAGGUGGCCGUUGUCGAGACACGUGUUGGCUGCUAGCAAGCUAUGAAGAUGAGGAAGCGUCCGAACGUCCUGUUAACAGGAACCCCUGGUGUUGGAAAGACCACUUUGGGAAAGGAGCUGGCCCAGAGGACAGGGCUCACCUAUGUCAACAUAGGAGACCUGGCCCAGGAAGGACAACUUUACGAUGGCUACGAUGAAGAGUACCAGUGCCCAAUUUUGGAUGAGGACAGGGUGGUGGAUGAGCUGGAUGAAAAGAUGGUAGAAGGUGGUGCAAUCGUUGACUAUCACGGCUGUGACCUGUUCCCUGAACGCUGGUUCCACAUCGUCUUUGUCCUCCGCACAGACAACACCCAACUAUACACACGGCUAGAGAGCAGGGGCUACGCAGGGAAGAAGCUGCAGGACAACGUGCAGUGUGAGAUCUUCCAGACCAUCUACGAGGAGGCCAUGGAAGCCUACAGCGAGGAGAUCGUCCACCAGUUGCCCAGCAACACCCCCGAGGACCUGGAGCGCAACCUGGAGCAGAUAGUUCAGUGGAUCGAGCAGUGGAUGAAGGACCACAACUAGAAGCUGAGCCCAGCCUGCUGCUGGCAUCCACUGGCAGGACUGUCGAUUAAAAAACGAAUUGAUUGUGGUUAUUUUCCAAUCUGCAUUUAUUUUCCUAGAUUUUGCCAUAAAGAAGACUGAUAUAUCCAAAGACUAA